GGACCCUGUCAGUGCAGUUCCUCCCAUCAGUUAACAGGAAAAGAAAGUAUCAGCAGCUGCCACUCCAGACACACACACAGGUACACACACUGGCGAGCCAACAAAAUGAUCCUGCUGCCGCUGGCAUGGGCACUGUUGACAGCAUCACUCUGGAAAUCUGGUUCAAGCCAGACCCUGCUAGAAGAUCCCGUCACCGAGCGUUAUCCGGCCAUCCACAAUAAUGAGACUAUUGACUGCGACUGUGUUCAGUCCUACUGUGACUUUGUCUACUGGUUCUACAGCAAUCCCAACACCGGCAAAGUACAGUAUAUUGGCAAAUGCAACAACGCUGACCGAGAUGUGUAUGGGCAUGAUGUGGAAAAGGGUCGGUUUAAAAUCCACAAAAGAGGCAGUAUGUCAUUUGUACUGCGGAUCAUUGAUGUGACAGAAGCAGAUGCAGGGAUUUAUUCUUGUAUCCUAAAGGACAAGAACCAAGAUGAAUUGUGGAAGCCGGGGGUUCUUCUUCGGCCAGGAGUGGCACCUCCAACACCACCUCCCAAAAUAAAACCCAAACCAGCAAUCUGUCGCUGCCCAGCCAAGAAUCCUCCAGCUUCAGAUGGCUGCGGCUCCAUGAUUCUCUGGCCGUUGGUUGGACUUGUUUCGAGUUUGGCUUUAGCUCUCAUCUGCACACUUUACUACUUCAGCCGGCUACCCAAAAAAUGUCGCCACAACUUUGUGAAGAAACGGCAGAUGACCUAAAGCACUGCACCUGCAUCUUUUCUCCAUCUCAAACGGCUGAAGUGCAUCACUGAAGUUGUUCAUCCAGUGGAGCAUAAAGGACAAGAUUCACCAUGAAGAGUCACUUUGCUAACAAAUUUCAGGCUUAUUUAUGGUGAAUUGUGCCUUCAGCAAGAAAAGAGUUUUAUGAGAGCAGCAGCCAUGUAAGAUACUGUGAUAUUUGUUGUAUAUUUUAGAAGACGGAGCUCCACAAAGUUCAGUCCCCACUGUCGCUUUUCGUCUAUAAUGUGUGUCACAAAUCACUAUGCAGAUUUAUCAAAUGGAUUUUUCUGAUCAUUAUUAAAUCAGGACAAAAUGGGGUACUUUUUCUUCAAGCCAAAAUGUUUUUCAGACGCGUUCAGUAGCCUGAUCAGUUUGUUUACGUACCAACAUCACAAAACUCCUGGAUUUACAUAGAGUAUUUGCUAAUUUUUCUCAUUUCUUUUCUUCUCUUUUCUGUAUUUUGUUGUGUUUUUGUCUUUGACAGUAUUGUGGUAUGUUUACACAUCCAUCUCAAAGAAAGAAGCGCUGUCAUUUACAUUUUUCUGUAAGCAUUUAAUCAAUAAAAACUGUAUAUUUGAAAUCA